CUAAGUACAAAGUAUAUUAAUUUGUCAUCAAGAAUGGAUUGUCAAGCCUCAUUAAGCAGAGGGUUUUGUUUGUCCCUCGUUGGUCUGUGACACAGGAGAUAAGCUUGGAUGAUUUGAUAGCUUGACAGAGGUUUAUUUUUACCUCCGAUGACAGAGCUCAUGUUUGACACAGAGAAGGUCUCACCCUGCAACCACAGAGGAUCAACACAAGGCGAGCCAAUCAUGACUGGCAAAACACAAACCAGCAACGUCACCAAUAAGAAUGACCCCAAGUCUAUCAACUCUCGUGUUUUUAUUGGCAAUCUAAAUACAGCCAUUGUUAAGAAAGUUGACAUUGAAGCCAUUUUUUCGAAGUAUGGAAAAAUAGUUGGAUGUUCAGUCCACAAAGGUUAUGCAUUUGUACAGUACAUGAGUGAGAGACAUGCAAGAGCUGCUGUGGCUGGAGAAAAUUCCAGGAUCAUUGCAGGUCAACCACUUGAUAUCAACAUGGCAGGGGAACCCAAACCAUACAGACCAAAACCUGGAAACAAGAGGCCUCUUUCUGCUCUUUACAGACUUGAAUCAAAGGAGCCUUUCCUGUCAGUUGGCGGAUAUGUCUUUGACUAUGAUUACUACAGAGAUGAUUUCUACAAUCGGCUGUUUGAUUACCAUGGACGUGUGCCUCCCCCUCCCCGUGCAGUCAUCCCCCUGAAGCGUCCCAGAGUGGCUGUCACCUCAACUCGCAGGGGCAAAGGAGUCUUUUCCAUGAAAGGAGGUUCAAGAUCUACUGUGAGCGGGUCUUCCUCAGGCUCUAAAUUGAAAUCGGAUGAGUUACAGACAAUCAAGAAGGAACUAACCCAGAUCAAAACUAAAAUUGACUCGUUGCUAGGGCGCCUGGAGAAGAUUGAAAAGCAGCAGAAGGCAGAGGCAGAAGCUCAGAAGAAGCAAAUGGAAGAGAGUAUAGAGCUGAUCCAAGACGAAUCUGUGUCAGAGAAUGCAGAUCACUCUACAGAGGAGCCUGCUGAAGGAGGGCCAGAUGCGGAUGGAGAAGAGAUGACUGAUGGGAUAGAGGAGGACUUCGAUGAAGAAGGGGGUCAUGAGCUGUUUCUACAGAUAAAGUGAUCUGAAGUAAUGUACAAGGAUACAGAAGCAGAAAAGAGAAACUGUGAUAACCCCCGGAAAUGUGAAAGGAGGUCUCCUAACGGACAACAGCAUCUCUGUUCAGUUUAUAUCGAAGCCCAAACUAACAAAAUGGACAGUAUUGUUCAAUUUUAGAAGUUCCAUUUAUUCUAUGUUCUAUGCUAUAUAAUUGUCAGGUUUUUAUGGUUUAAAUUGUAAAUGUGUUUUUCCCUCUUGCUAAUUCUGUUUCCUUUUUGUAGUCUUAAAGUGUGACGGACAUUUAUCAAUGGUAGGGGAGACACUGUAUACAAAUGUAUAUUUGUAAAAGCUAUUUUUAUGAUUAGCAUGUUUCACUGUUGAUCAUAUA